UUUGGCGGGAAAAUAAGCGUCAUUUUGUAAUUGUAUAUUUUUUUGAUUGUGCAAAUUGACACGAACUUUUAUAUUAAAGAAUAUUUUUAAUUAAAUUUUGUGAAAAUGUUUUAUCCAGUAGAUUCAUUGAAAAGAGGGGGCAGGUUUUAUUUAUGCUGGGUAGCAGACUCAUGGCCAUUACGGUUUGCUACGAUAACACAAAGGCAAUUAUGGUCCCAAGAUAUUCGGAAAAUAUGUGACGAUUUGUUGGAAGUAAUGACCAACGAAUCCGGCCGUCCAGUCAACAGGUUUUCUCUCAGGCUAAGCUCACAAUUAAUGCGAGGUUUAGUGAGACUCUACCAAAGAAAAGUCUCAGUUUUCUUAGGAGACUUGUGCAUGAUCAACGCCAAUGUUAUUAAAAAUAUUAAUAAAAAAUGGAAUGUACAUGUUUUGGAGUUGGAAGAACAUCCACGUUUACAAAUGCUACCACCACUUCAACCUCCAACAGUGGAAGUACCUGAUGAGCCUGAAAAUGAACAGAGAAUUGCAGAAUUAAUCCAAAACAGUGGCAACAUUGUGCCGAAUAUCCAAGAUAUAACAUUAAAGGAAUCUACUAUUCCUGAAUUCCAACUGCCACCAAAUGACGGUUUCGGAGAAGAGAACCCCGAUCGGACCCUUCAAAUGGUAGCAGAGCGCAGUGUGGAAGUGAUGUUGCAUGAAGACCGGUCGGCCGCGCAGCACAGCGCUCUAGGGGCUCAGGGGAUGUUUGGGCUCGAUUCCACCUACGUGGGUGACACGCGACCCUCGCACGACCCUCAAAUGGAGAUGAUAUCGGAGUACGACCUCUCUAUGUAUAGAAAGUCAAUUGCAGAUGAAAUUUUGCCGGCGGAUUUAUUUGAAAAAGACAUCCCAGAAAUUCCCGAUAUCCCGAUUCCUGAAGUUCCAAUUCCAGAAAUACCUGCUCCUGGACCUCAACCAGAUAAUCAGUUGCAAAUGCCGCAAGAUGUAUCCCCAGUAAUAGAACAAGGGAAAGACGUUGCAGCAAAAGAGGCCGCUAUAGAAAAUCAAUUAUUUGACAUUCAAUUAGAAGAAUUAGAAGACAUCGGCCCUCCGGUUAAACGAAGGCGUGUGAGGAAGCUAAUAAUCGACAAGAAAAUAAAAAUUAGCGCCGACAUUCUACACGCGAGAAUAGGCAAUACAAACUUGGAGUUGCGAUGCGAAGAUAGUUCAGAUGAUAUAGUGGAUUUGAGACUGCCUGCUGCCGUGUACUUUCGACGGCCGUGUCACGCUGGAUCGAAAGUUCACCCGAACAUUGCAACAGUGUUGAUGCGACUCUUCGAACGGAAUUUGGGAGUUAUCGCUAAUCCAACGCUUACCGACAGAGAAAUGGAGGAAGCAAUGGCCCAUCAACAUAUCAGGCCACGUACAAAGUCUAUUCUCCAACCAAUUGUGGAGGAAAAUCCUAUUGAUAUAGAGAAGCAUCAACCGAUGGUUACAGAGUCAGCACCAGAAAUAGAAGCCUCCAAAGACGUCAACAACUUACUUACAGAGUUUCAAGAAAUACAACAACAGAUUGACGUGUCUGACUUACCUACCCAAAAGUUGCAGUCACCUCAAAGCGCUAAACGUAAAAGCGAUCAAGAAAAACCCACAAAAAGACACCGUUCCUUUGGAUAUAUAACAUUCCGACAGCACCAGGAACCCGCUACCUUGCCAUUUAUUACUGUGACUGAUGCCGACAAAGAAAAUAUAUCAAAAAUAUCAUUGGAAAACGUGGACAGAUCCCUGAUAGUACCGGAAGAGCAGAGUAGUGUUGAGAAAAAUCUGAUGACAAUGCUAGAAGAAGCUGGCUUAGUUGACGUCACCACGGCUAGAGUUGUAGAACAGACACAGGAGAUUGCGAAAUCUCUAGAGAAGUCUACACGAAAACAUGGAAGCGAUACGUCGGAGACGCCGCUAGGCAGUCUAGACAGAACCAAGGUCUCUCUUGGAGAUUCUGACCGAACUACAGACUCUAAGCGAUUUAUACACGACCAAUGGGGAACAACGGGAACAAUGGUGAAAAUUUUGAAUUAUAAGAAGAUGGAGAAGAGGCCGUUGACAGUCCGCUAUCUCAUCUCGAAGGGCCCGGUGCUAGCUGGCUACAAGUGUAUCAUUGCUGCUCGUUGUUUUACUUCAAUACUCAAACUGAAACAACAUGGGUUUAUUUGCGUAAGUAAAGAUCCUGAAACAUUGGAAGUUACCGAUAUAUUCUUGGGUCCAAAAUUUGAUAAGUUGCCAUAGGCAACUUUCUAAUUUUACUGCAUAAUACCCUAAUUAUUACGAUUGUAUCUUUAUUUGCGAUAAUUUACUCAUAGUAGUAUGCAUUGACGUUUUAUAUUUUUCUAUUCAAUUUUA